GGUGACGUAAUGACGUGCGCCGGAAGUAGCAAGAGGAGGACCAGUACGCUUGGACGGCAUGCCAUUUCUUUAAAACAUGGAGAUUUCGAAAAGAUCAGAUGUUUAAAAAGAAUAAUAUGACUUUUAUUUAGAUUUUCUUUUUUAAAUAAUGAUAUGGCGAUCAGCAGCAGCAGCGAGAGUUAUGUUGAGAGCAUGUGGGAGGCGGAAAUGAUGGCGAGCUAAAGCUGGUUGAUGGGCAGGUGCAGCGCAGGAGCCUGUCGGAGGAAGUAACCCGUCAGCUGGAACUAUGCAGCAGAAACGGAACAUCCGGAUCAUUGAAUGGGAAGACCUGGACAAGAGGAAGUUCUACUCCAUCGGCGUGUUCAUGACUUUGAGCACACGCGUCACCAUCUACCCCUUCACCCUGAUCCGGACCCGGCUGCAGGUUCAGAAGGGGAGGUCGCUUUAUAACGGCACUUUCGAUGCCUUCUGUAAGAUCCUCAAAGCUGAAGGCGUGCAAGGACUUUACCGCGGCUUCAUGGUCAACACCUUCACGCUGAUCUCAGGGCAGGCCUACAUCACCACCUACGAGCUGGUCAGGAAGUACGUCUCGCAGUAUUCCUCUAACAACACUUUCAAGUCGCUGGUGGCUGGCGGCUCUGCCUCGCUGGUGGCCCAGAGCAUCACGGUGCCCAUCGACGUGGUCUCCCAGCAGCUCAUGAUGCAAGGCCAGGGGGAACAUCUCACCCGCUUUAAGGUCAAGUCCACGGCCGUCGCCACGUCGAAGCCCAGAGUGACUUUCGGUCAGACACGAGACAUUACGGUGCAGAUUUUUGCAGCAGACGGUUUCCGGGGGUUUUACCGCGGCUAUGUGGCGUCUCUUCUCACCUACAUCCCCAACAGUGCAGUGUGGUGGCCUUUUUAUCACUUUUACGCAGAACAGCUGUCCCGACUGGCCCCGUCCAACUGCCCACACCUCCUCCUGCAGGCUGUGGCUGGACCAAUGGCUGCUGCCACCGCCUCCAGCCUCACCAACCCCAUGGACGUAGUGAGAGCCAGAGUGCAGGUUGAAGGCCGUUCAUCGGUGAUCGAAACGUUUAAGCAGCUCAUGGCUGAGGAGGGCAUACGGGGCCUGACCAAGGGUCUCUCGGCUCGCAUCAUCUCCUCCAUGCCGACCUCCAUCCUCAUCGUCAUCGGCUACGAGACGCUGAAGAGGCUCAGCCUGCGACCCGAACUCGUCCACACCAGACACUGGUGAAAAACCAGGGUGUGAACGCACGCAACACACACAAGGCCGCUUGGGCCUUCCUGCCUUUUUUUAACGUUGCCUUUUUAAUAUUUUUACACGUCAAGGCUGUGUUUUUAUAGCAUGAGCAGGAUUUGGGGACGGGGACCAGACCGGAUCGUACGUACAGUAUAUUUUUUGAGUUUCAGGAAACGAAGCUGAACAUUUGAGUAUUUGGUGUCAAAAAUGUCAAGAAGUUACUCACAGCACACACAAGAGUUUUGCAAUCUUACAGGCAGAUUUAUGCUCCGAUCCCUGUGUGUUUAAAUCCCAGCCGCAACAAGCUGCCAAUCUUGGGCCCCUGAGCAAGGCCCUUAACCGCAUAGCUGCUCACUUGUAUGAAUACGAUAAAGGUAAGUUGCUCUGGUUAAAGGUGUCUUCGGUAAAUAAAAAUCUGCAGCCUGAGACACGUUGACGGAAUGAGACGUAAAAAAUAGGAUUGUAACUGCUCAACAGUCCUGGGUCUUCUUUGGUGUAUUUUUGCAUGCCGUUGCCAUAGAUAUGCAAGGCCUCUUUUAAAAAAAAAAAAUCUGGAUGGGAGCAGAUGCGGCUCCAAAACCCGGAUGUAUGAAUACCAUAUCACUUGAUUUGAAAACGCUAAGAUGGGUCUCCUCACGUCUCCAGUGACCUGCUACCCUGUACUUUUUUUUUUCCUACAGUAUUUACACUGUAAGCGUGAUGAUUUCUUUUUCUUUAUCUUCGUAAAGUGUUCCUUCGUGACUCGUGAUGCCUAAUGACGUGUUAAUCCCUGAGAUACGUGACUUUUUAAAUGGCUUUAGCCGUCGCCUGAAUCAGAUGGCUGGCACUGAACCACAAACAGCUCAGAUGAUCACAGGAUGUAUGAAGGAGGCAUCAGAAGGCAUGAACAUGUGGGGAAACUGAGCAUGGGCUCCUUUAUACCUACUUUUGUCGUUAACGGUGCCCUUAUUUUUUUUUUCUCACCUCAACACACCUUGUAUUUUAGUUGAAAAGAAAGAUGUGGGUGUGGCCAAACUUGUUUUGUAAAUGUGAAAUAUCCUUCUGUAGGAUACAUUGGAUUUAUGUAUAAUGAUGUGUAUAAAAUUAUUUGAGAGAAUAAACAAAUUACUAUUACUGCAAA